UUCAGGUGACUUGAAAUAACGAGUGACAAUCUGGUACAUACGCUUUUAUUGCUUUACACUAAGAUCUGAAGAAAAUGUCGGAUAAAAAAAGAUUGUACAGAGAAAUGAUGUCCGUUGUGGAAGAGGGGAAUCUGAAUAGAUUAAAAGAAUUAAUUAAUACCCUUCAACCAUCCAAUUCCCCAAGUUGGGUUGAAGUGUACCGUUUGAUAAGAUGUGCUGUUGAGAAUAACCAUCCAGAGAGUGCUGACCUGCUUUUAACAGACAUUGUCAAAUAUGAUAAUCAGAAAGUAGUACCUAAUGAACAACUACUUCACUAUGCUGCUAGCAGAGAUGACAUAGAAAUGAUUAAACUGCUUAUAACCAAAGGCAUUUCUGUGGAUGUUACGAACGAAUUUGGUUGGACGCCCCUUCAAUGUGCAGUCAUGAAUAACCAUCUAGAAGGCGUUCAGUUACUUUUGUCCUACGGAGCUAACGUCGAUGCUAAAGAUAACGAUGGUCAUACUGCGAUUCAUCAUUCAAUUAUGGAAGGUAACCAAAACAUUGCCAAAUUACUUCUACAACACAAGACUAAUAUUUCACUGGGCAAAAAUGACAAGAACACGCUGCAGCUUGCUAUUGACGACCAAUAUUCCAUUGCUAUCGAUAAGACAUUGCAAACAGUAUAUUUUUGUUUCAAGAAUAAAAAGAAUGGUCUUAGAGACGCUGUAUGUGGACGCGGUAGGAAAUGUGAAUUCAUCGUUAAAUCUUUUUUGACAUAUGGUAUUGUACUUAGUCCAGAGGAUGUAAAUGAUAGCGAAUUAGUAUGCGCUUCUGUGGAGAAGGGACACAUCAAGAUUGUCAAGAAGUUAUUGGAACUUGGUGCCGAUGUUAAUCAGUUACACGAGAAUGCAAUUUUUAAUAAAAGUACUACAUUGUUACACAUGGCAGUAAUAACGAAACAGAGGGAGAUGGUAGAACUAUUAAUAAACUAUAAAGCUAAUGUAAAUGCUCUAGAUGAAAGAAAUUUUACUGCGAUGCAUGAGGCUGCUCUAAAUGACGAUUUAGAAAUAAUGGAACUACUUAUGGAUAACGGUGCCAGGAUAAAAGAUCAGUACAAAUUAUUGUGUAUUGCUGCUGAAACGGCUUCUAAGAAAUUUGUUGAGCUGCUUUUGCAGCACGAUAUCAAUGUUAAUGGAAAAAAUACAGAUGGUACCACGGCCAUACAUUCAUGUGUUCUCCGUCAUCCCAUUAAUUAUGAAAUCCUUAAGCUUUUGAUCGACAAAGGAGCUGAUAUUAAUGCAAGAAAUAAUUAUCGUAGAACGGCGCUUCACGAAGCCGUCCGAGCCAAAAACGUAAAAGUCGUCAAGCUUCUGUUGAACUGUAACGCGGAUGUUAACAGCGAAGAUGUAGACGGUACGACACCGCUUUUUGACUCUACGGUACGCGGAGCAGUGGAAAUUUGUGAACUACUCGUGAAGAAAGGUGCAAAACUGAAUAUCAAGAGAUAUAAAAGACCAACACCGCUUCAUGUUGCUGCUUCGAUAAAUAAUCUGGAUAUCAUGAAAAUUCUGUUACGGUCAGGUGCCGAUGUAGAUUGCGUCGAUGAAUGUGGAAACACUGCGCUUCAUCGUGCUUCUAUAAGAUCUCACUACGAUAUCGUUGCGAUCCUUCUAAGAUACGGUUCUGACAUCAACAUCGUUAACCAAGAGAACCGUACAGCGUUAUAUUAUACAUUAGAAGAAUCACUUCACAUUCUUGUGCAACACGUAAUAAUAUUGCGGGUUGCUAAGUUAUACGUUCAUGCUUCAAACAUAGCUGAGUCUGAAACUGCGAUUAACGAUAAACUGAGAUUUAUUAAUUGGACAAAAUAUGAGGAAGAAUGUAACAAAGAAUUGGAGAGAAUGAGAAGGGAGAAAAUCAACAACAGCAACAUUUCCUUUUAUGAUAUUCUGAAAAUGGGGUGUGGAAAGAAUUAAGUGGAUGGAUGAGAGCGUUCGAGUUUGUCAAAAUCUAUUCAACUACUGUCUGGUUGAUAGAAUGUUACCCUAUAUUUGCAUCGAAAAGAUAUUUAGCUAUUUGAGUAACGACGAUCUGAGGAUUCUGGUAGACGUAUGUAAAAAUGUUAAGAACCCAAAUGAAAUGUAAACAAUUAGGCUAAUAUUAGGGAUCAUAUAUUGGAGGAGUAUAUGAUGCAGGUGGAAGAGAGAGAAAUGAAAGUAGUGCAUGAGAGAGUGAUAGAGAUUUUGGAUGGAAAAGGGGCAGGAAUAGGAUGGGUAAAGGAGUGGUUAAAGAUUAGAGAUGGAGAGGAGGAUUAGAACAAGAGGAAAGAUAUGAAUAAGACGAUAUGUAAAAGCACAGGGUAAAGUAUAGGACAUAAAACCGAAAAAGAUGGUCCAAAAUGUAUAAGAGGGAGUGAGAGCUGACUAAGAGAGGUGCGACGACAUUA